AUGGACGAUUGGGGAAGCCAACCAAUGAAGGUGCGGACAGAAGACUGGAAGGUAUGACUGUGUAAUUCGUCCACUUACUCUCCAUGCCUACCUGCAGUGCCGGUGGCCGUUACUGGCCGGUCAUAGAAGGACCUGUCGAUUGUGGAAAGCUAACCAUGGACGAUUGGAAGAGCCAACCAUGGAGGGCGCGGAGGGAAGACUGGUAGGUAUGACUCUGUACUUCCUACACUUACCCUCCAUGCCUACCUACAGUGCCUAUAGCCGUUACUGUCCCGUCAUAGAGGGAGCUGACGAUUGUGGAGAGCCAACCAUGGACGACUGGGAAUGCCAACCAUGAAAGGCACGGACGGAAGACUGGAAGGUAUGACUGUGUACUUCGUCCACUUACUCUCCAUGCCUAGCUGCAGUGCCGGUAGCCGUUACUGGCCGGUCAUAGAAGGAACUGUCGAUUGUGGAGAGCCAACCGUGGACGACUGGGAAAGCCAACCAUGA